ACAAUUUUACGUAGAUUUCAGUUUUAAGGUUCUUUCGGUUCUUGUUAAUUCGAUUAAAUUGUGUCAAUUAGUGAUAAUCUGGUGUUUGGGUUAGGUUUUAAUUGAUUUUUUGGGGAAAUUUGAUGCCAGUGGUUGUGCUUUCUAGUUCAUGAGUUUUAAUUAGCAUGACCUCCGACAGCCGUUUCUGUUGGGUCAUCCUCUCAUAUCCCUCCUCCGCACAAACAGAAGCAGCCGUCUUAGGGUUUUUUCGAAUUUCCCUAAUUUGAAGAAAUCAACAAUGGUUUUUCUUAAUUCAAGUUUUUCGGAGAGGGGAUCACAGUGGGCAAUUGAGUACAUCUAAUAGCUUGGUUGAGAUGGAAAUGGAGAAGCUGUUGGAGGAUUCAGUACCUUGUAUCAUUGUAUGGUUCGGGCAAAAUGGGGUUGUGCCACCCAUCCUCAUAGCAUUGCCGCGAGGAAUUGGAGAAGUGAUAGAUGAGGAUGUAGUCCAUGCAAGGGUUCCUUUUAUUGCUCGAACACAACAACGUUUUGCAGUCAAAGCUGGAAUUGAUGGGAUGCUUUAUGUUGCAAAGAGGACAUAUUGUAAUACUAGUGAAGCAAUACAUAAACUCACAAACACGUAUCUUGAAGAUUUUAGUCUGCCAAACCCAAAACUUCCUUUCAACAACAGACAAGGGUUUUACUUCAGCAUCCUUCAGAAAGAUGUUCAUGGAAAGCUUCCUAGCAAGUUCAUUCAGGUAUUCAACAAUCCAAGGGAGCAAUCUUUCACCACUGAGGAGAUAAAUGAAGUUCGAGACAACUUGGCAAAAUUCAUUACCAGUGAUUUGUUGAUUUUUUUUCUUCUUUUUCUUAUAAUGAAUCUUAUACUACGUUUUUUGCAUUGAUUGUAAUAUAAUCGACUUUCAGAUUCAUAAUUAUGUAUUAUUUAGUUUAAUUAUCUAUAUAAAUAGUUACUUAUUAGUUAGAAAA